GCAGUGUGAGCGUCACAUGUCUCCAUCAACAGGCGGCAGUUUGACACCUCCGCUCCCCCCGCAGACACUCACCCAGACCCGCACCUUCACUGCCUCUGGAGCGGCGCCACGGACACGGCAAUGGCGAGCGGUGACAGCCAGCCGACCCUGGAGUCAUGGCUCAACCAGGCCACUAAUCCCAACAAUGAGGAGGACAGAUGGGACUGCAUCCAGGCCUUCUACCUGCUCGUCAACCAGGAGACCGACGGGCCACAGGUAGCCAUUCGUCUUCUUGCUCAUAAAAUCCAGUCGCCGCAGGAGAAAGAGUCUCUGCAGGCUCUCACUGUUCUUGAGGCAUGCAUGAACAACUGCGGCAAGAGAUUCCACAGCGAGGCCGCCAAGUUUCGCUUUCUUAAUGAGCUCAUCAAACUCCUAACACCAAAGUACUUCGGCGCCUGGACCCCACAGAAAGUUAAAGACAGAGUGACGGAGGUCCUCUAUGGCUGGACGCUUUGGCUUAAAGAUGAACCCAAGAUUCAGGAAGCCUACAGCAUGCUCAAAAAACAAGGUAUUGUGAAGGCAGAUCCUAAACUGCCAGACACAGUUGUAAUGGCUCCUCCACCACAAAGAGCCGCAGACUCUGUUUUUGACCAGGAUGACAAGGCCAAGCUGUUAGCCAGAUUAUUGAAAAGUGCUCGUCCUGAAGACCUGGAGACCGCCAACAGGCUCAUUAAAAGCACCAUCAAAGAGGAGCAGGAGAAGGCUGACAAAGUGUCAAAGCGUGAGUGUACUCUGAAGGAGGUGGAGAGCAGCACCAAGCAGCUCAAAGAGAUGCUGGACCAGCACUCAUUAACUGGAACUUCACUACAGUCCAGCGAUGAUAUGAAGGUGAUGUACGAGCGCUGCGACCGGUUGAGGGCCAGUCUGUUCCGACUGGCCAGUGACACGAUGGACGAUGAUGCUGCUCUGGCGCAAAUCCUGGCUGCAAACGAUGAACUAACACUUGUUGUAAAUGCCUACAAAGACCAUUUGGGAAGAGGAGGGUGCAAUGGAGAACGAGCAAGAAGCAAAAGUGAAGAAGUGACAAGUGAACGUAACGCUCCUCUGAGUCCCAGACAGAUUAAGAGCUACCACCUCAUCGAUCUGUCAGCACUGGACUCUCCACAGACUCGCAGAAAAGCUGAUUCACCACCUGUAUUUGAACCCUCUCCGCCUCUUCUCUCUCAUUUGAAGAGCACCUUCCACUCAGAAGCUGACCAGGACUUAAAUGAAUUAGAGUUGGAUAAUUUAUUCUCAAAACAAACCCAAGAGAAUCCAAAGUCGUAUUAUGAGGAUCUGAUGCAGCUCAACGAAGAUGUUCAGAUGAUGAAUGCUGAGCAGAAUGGAGGGAGAGGCCCUUUGCUGAGAAGCCGUGGAUGUGGGGGCAGCAGCGCUACGACAAAUGGGAUGAAUGUUUGGUCUCUCCCCCAAAACCAGCAGUUUACAGGAUCAGGAUCACCUUCAAAGUUACAGAAACAACCAAAUGAAGUUUCUGGGACUUUGGUGAAGCUGGAGGAGAGCUUGUGUCCCCCACACUUACUAAAAGACAUCUUUGUGCCAGUGGACACCAUCAAAUCCAGUCACCUGGAGCCCAUCACGUUACACGAUCGGGCAGGCAUCCACGUGUCGCUUCAUUUUGCCAAAGACUGUCCACCCGGUCACCCAGGCGUCGCUGUGGUCGUCAUGUCUGCAGUGAACACAUCUGCCCUCGAUGUGAAGGACUUCAUGUUUCAAGCUGCAGUCCCAAAGAUCAUGUUAGUGAAACUCCAGCCUGCCUCCAGGACACACCUACCUCCUUACAACCCUCUGCUGCCUCCACCUGCCGUCUCACAGGUCAUCCUGUUGGCUAAUCCUCAGAGGCGUAAGGUUCGCCUGCGCUACAAGCUCACACUGACACACGGAGACCAACGGCUGGACGAGACCGGAGACAUAGACAGCUUUCCCGACUGGACUUCUCUGAUCGGCCUCUAAAAACUUCAGAUACCCAGAUUCCAACUCUGUGUUGGACCCGAAAUCUAAAUAUUGAGAGAAUAAAGUGAACCCAGGGUGGAAGAAAAACAUAAAAAGUGGGGGGAGUUUUACAGUGAAGGUACCUGCAGGAGAUCUUCAUGAAAUAACACAGCAGUAAUUGGAUUCAUACAAAGAAAUGACUUGUGUUAUUUUAACACAGAGAGUGUGAACUGUGCUUCACACGUUGAACAGCUGAUAGGUUACUGUAGCAAAGAUGUUCAUUUUGUCCUCAAAGUACAGAAUUUCUUUGUAAUAGCACAAUGGUAUGAAGUUGUUAGCUGU